AUGGGAAUUUCGUAUGAUGCAGAUGGGGAUCGCUUCUUGGUUUAUGAAAAUGCUGAGAAUGGAUCACUUGAAAAUUGGUUGUUCCCUGACUCUGAAGCUUCUUCAGACUCUCUGGCCUUCCUCUCUUGGAGUCAGAGAAUUCACAUAGCACUUGACUUUGCCAACGGCCUGCACUACAUGCAUGAUCACACUCAACCAAGCAUUGUUCACUGGGAUGUCGGAGAAAGAAAUAUCCUCGUAGACUCCAACUUCAAGGCCAAGUUAGCAAAUUUCUCAACAGCUAGACCUGUUACAAACUCAUCGAUGCCAAAAGUGGAUGUUUUCGCAUUUGGGGUUUUGCUGUUGGAGUUGCUUUCAGGAAAGAGGGCCAUGGAAACAGAAGAAAAUGGUGAAGUGGUUAUGCUGUACAAAGAUUUAAGCGAGGUGUUGAAGGUUGAAGAGAAGAGCGUUGAAAGGUUACAAAAAUGGACAGAUCCAAAAUUGGAGAACUGUUAUCCUCUUGAUGGUGCGCUGAGUUUGGCAGCCCUUGCCACGACAUGCACACAAGAAAAUGCUCAGGCAAGGCCAAGUUUGGCUGAAGUCGUUUUGAACCUCUCUGUACUAGCUCAGUCAUCCCCUAAGACAAUGCAUAAAUUUUCAACUUCAAAGUUUAAAACAGAGCAUUGUGGAAGUAGUCAUUCCAGUUGA